CCCGAGAAGGGCUGUCACACUGAAGGGAGUUCCCCCCAUGGACCGCACGAGGCCAAGAGCGAGCUCGAUCUGCCCUGCCCUCCCAUGCCCUUGGUCUGUGCCCGUCCUGGAGCUGCCUGUCCCGGAGCCGGCUGCCGCGCCUUGUGCCCGGCCCCAUGCCCCACAAGUGGCCCAACGAGGUCGAGUCGGAGACACGCAAAGAGGGACAGGACCCAAAUAAGGGGGGGCAGGCACCCCCUACGGAGGAAGAGGAGCCCACAGCCAGCAAGAGCCCCGGCUCCAAGUCGCGCCGCAGCUCCCGCUCCAGCCACGGGCGCAAGCACAGCAAGAAGCAUCACGCUGACGCCCAUGCCGAUGCCACCAAGGCCUACUCGCCCUUCCUCAACACUGUCUUCGGCAGGGAGCGGGAUCUGUCCCCAGUGGAACUGGAUGAGCUGCUGGAUGCCUUCAAGGAGUUCGACACAGACCAGGAUGGCUUUGUGAGCUACAAGGACCUGGGCGCCUGCAUGCGCACCAUGGGCUACAUGCCCACCGAGAUGGAACUCAUCGAGAUCUCCCAGCACAUCAAGAUGAGGAUGGGUGGGCGCGUGGACUUUGAGGACUUUGUGGAGAUGAUGGGGCCGAAGCUACGUGAGGAGACGGCUCACAUGGUGGGGGUGCGUGAGCUCAAGAUUGCCUUCCGUGAGUUGGACAGGAACGGGGAUGGGGAGAUCAGCAGCACAGAGCUGAAGGAUGCCCUCCUGGCCCUGCUGGGGGAGCAGGUCCCGCUGCCGGAGGUGGAGGAGAUCCUGCGUGAUGUUGACCUCAAUGGGGACGGCCAUGUGGACUUCGACGAGUUUGUGAUGAUGUUGUCCUCCCGCUAACAAGGCCUGGGGGAGGGGAUCCCUCACCCCCCAUUGCUGUCGCCGUUCCAGCCUCUAGAGGGACAGAGCAGCUCCAAGUGGAUCCCCGCUUCUUGACAGCUGGUGACCCCCCUUCUUCACCAGCAGGAAGUUCCCUCGCAACUCCCUUAUGGGCCUUUCUAAGAAGAACCCUCCCUCUGGGUCUGCCUGCCCCUCUGCUGGCCCCUCUCCCUCACAGUGUGUUGCCAGGGGGCAGGGCCUGAAUGCCCAGUUGGCAACUGCUUUGGGGGCUGCUAAGGCUCUGACUAGUCCAGGCCCUGCUCCUUAUCUGGGAUCCCAGAUAAUCUCCCCUCACUCCCAAUCAGACUGUCCCUGCAGCUCGCCUUUGCUUCUGUCCUGUGCUGGUCUCCGCCUCCAGCCCAGCCCAUGAGCUGCCCUAGGUACCCACCUUCCUGAUCCUGCCCCACGUCAGGGAAAUCCCCCCUCCCCACCAGUGGCUAGACUGGAAUGGGGGAGACCACCCAACCCUUCACUACUCCAGCUCCACCCCAUCCCCUUGUUCGCUGAAUGGCUCUGCUAAAAUGCCUGACGGUGACAGAGCAUUAACAGUGGUGCUGUUUCCAUUUGUUCUCUGUCAUGGAUCCACAGGGUCGGCGUUACACCCUGGCUUUUCCACAGUUCCUUGGAGCAGAGUUUCCCGACCCGUGUGCCAUGGCACACUGCUGUGCUGGCAGGUGGGCUUUGGAAUUUUUUGAAAAACUACAUGUGAGAACAAAAGACCUUCCCUUGUAUUCUAAUGAGCGUUAGAGCUGGAUGGCAGUCUGUACGAGACCCCUUUCAAAUACUAUGCACAGCUCACAUUCCAUUCCCCAAAGUGAGGCUAAGGGAGAAAACGUAAACACAGACGGAUGUGCCCUGAUGAAUGCAAUGUGCUGCAAUGAGCCUUUGAUGAUGAUGCACAUAAAAAAAAGACAAAUUUCAAGCCUAAGUUUUAAAUUUACAUUUGACUUAGGGUAAUAGCUGGAACCAGCCAGACCUGGAACGGCAUUAUAAGUAAUUAUAUCACAUUUAAAAACAGCAGAGAAAGUGACACACACUUGGGAAGACUAUUUUGGAAAUGAGCAGAAAUGCUUAACUAUUAAUUGCUUGUCAUCGCCAAACAUUAUUCUGGCACAAACAACAGAUCGCGAUCUAACACUAGCUGCCAUGUUUGUUUUGAUUUUAACCCUACUAGCCUCAUUCUGGAUUGGUUUCUGAAUAUUCAUGAGUCAAAAUUAAGAGUGGCCUAUGAUAGAUGCAAUGUUAC